UACAAUCGCAAUACCCUGAUCCACUUUUAUACAAGUUCUUAUACACUUAACAAUACAAACAUGACAUAAAUACGCGUCACAAAGCAAGCGAACAAGGAAGAACAAUUUUAUCAUUGUCUGAAUGAUCCCGACUUAUCAGGGGUAUCCGGCAGUCUCUAUACUGUGUUCGGACGGAAUGGCUGGUAAUAACAAGUGGGGAUAUGUGGUGUGUUUUGGGACUAUUAUUACAUUCAUAGCCGGCAUCGGCCAUGUGAAUUCAUUUGGGCUCAUCUACAAUGACUUUAUAAAUGAGACGCAUUCGACAGCGAAGUGCCUAACGACGGCGCAUGGAGUCUUUGCCGUCAUGUUAGCUAUAGGAGGUCUGAUUCUCAACCUAGUAUCCAAGAAGCACACCCUACGCUUCGGAGGUUUUUUAGGAGCAGUGACAUUCACAGUCGGCUCUGUCACCACCAUCUUCAUAUCCAGCACCAAUCAGCUGCCUUUCACCUUCGGAGUCCUCCAAGGCAUUGGUUUUGGCAUGAUGGUUCCAGUGUGCUAUGCCACCAUGAAUUACUAUUUCGACAAGAAGAGAAGGACCACAGUUAUGAGCGUGUGCAAAGCUGUACAAGGGAUUAUACUAAUGGGAUACCCUCAAUUGCUUAGAAAGUUAAUUUCAAGCUACGGGUUCAGAGGAACCUUACUGAUAAUAAGUGGGAUAUCCUUGCACAAUGUACCGGGGAUGGCUAUUAUGAAGACUGAUAAGAAGCUUGUGAAAAUAAAAGCAGCAAGUAUUCUUCCUUUUGAUGUGUAUUGUUUUCCGUUUCAGAUAUUGAAGGUAAUAAUGGGAUAAAUGUUUCAGAUGGCAAUGAUGUAGAAGAUGAUGGAAAGGGAAAGGCAGGAAAGAGUAAAGAAAAUGUACAGUUGUUACAUAUUGCAGCAAAUGAGGUUGCUAAAGAGGAUACUCGUAGCAACUCGAAUAAAA